AUGGCGCCACCUCUGCGGAAGUGGGCGGUGCGGCGAAGGCGCCGGCUGCAAGUCGUUUUGACAUUUGCUGAGGAAACUGAGGGAAUGGAGCACGAGAUGACUCAAGGCACCAUAAGCGGUUUGCGCCGUGAUGAGUCAAGAGACCCAGAGAGACCGCGACAGAGACCGCGACAGAGACCGAGACAAAAGACUGAGACAAGAGUUCAAGACAAGAAGUCUGACAAGAGACCGAGACCAGCGACCCAGAUAAAAGAUAGAGCAAAGAGACUUAAACACGAGACCAAGACAAGACUCAGUGACAAGAGACCAAGACAAGAGACUGAGUCAAAAGUCCGAGACAAAAGACCUAGACAAGAGACCAAGACUGAAACUUACGUUGCGCGAGCGAUACAGGGCAGGGACAGGGGGCAGAGACCGACUCAAACAAGAGACCAGACAAGAGACCAGACAAGAGACCCAGAUAAGAGAGAGACAGAGCAAAGAGACCGAAACACGAGACCAAGAGAAGACUCCGUGACAAGAGACCGAAACAGGAGACUGAGUCGAGAGAUCCGGACAAAAGACCCCGACAAGAGACCGUGA